AUGAUAAUUAUGCGAAGGGUGACGUCCAGAUUUUCGUUUUUGCCAUAUCCAAAACCUUUAUCGUCAAUCAGCGAACAGAGUGUACUGCUGAUGGAACAGGAUUCUGCAAACUACUCCAGCAGCGGUGAAGAGACGGAAGAUGCGAGUGAAACUGAGAUGUGGUUCAUUGAGCAGCAACAAGAUAAUAAAAAAUAUCAAGCAAAGCGUGUCGAUUUGCUUCACCAGUUGGAACUUGCAGAACAACGCAAACAUCCAGUAUUUUUACAGAUUUUAGCAAAUCUCCAAAGCGAGCUCGAUGAUCGUUUGCUACUGAACGAAAUCGAACGAGAUUCUGCACUAGCCAGUGCCAAUCGUGACUGCUUGCGUGAGGAGACCGCUUCGGAGCAGGAAUUCGCCGAGAAGAAAGCGAAACUGAUCGCUAACGCGAUUUCCGAUUUAGAGCAGGAAAAGAAGAUGCUCCGGCAUGAGAUUGAUGCGAUGGGGCUGACCGGGAUCGAUAAGAAUACGGUGUCACCAAGGGCCACACGGCAACUGCGCCCACGACUUUGCGACUCAGUUUCGAUGCCUCAACCGGUCAAAAUAAGCUAUCUGUUAAGCAAGGAAGACAUUGAACAUGAUCUGCAACUCAUCCGCGCUGGUAUAGAAGCUAGCGUUCAUGAGAUGGAAGCUGUCCGGUACCAGCGGGAGUUCCCAGCCAUCUCAGCAACCAUCGACCCAAACAUCAACUUGAGAAGGCGGGCACAGUGCGGCGAAACGAGAGUUGGUGUGGAGAACGUGCUUCGGAAACUGUAG